AUGAACAUUGUCAAUCGGAUUAAACCGCAGUUUAACAAAUACGUCAUAGACGAGUAUGUUAAAUCCAAAAAUAUGGUCGUAUUACGUUUAUCGCCGUAUCAUUGUGAACUGAAUCCAAUUGAGCUGGCAUGGUCGUCUGUCAAAAGGUACAUCAAAAUGAAUAAUUCAACAUUUAAGCUACCCGAUGUCAAAAAGCUCGUUAUUGAAGGUGUCAAUGAAUGCGGCCCCGAAAAAUGGAAGAACUUCGUCAAUCACGUAAUUAACGAAGAAAAAAGAUUCUGGGACAUCGACUUUGUCGUGGAGGAAGUUAUGGAAAAUUUAGGUGAUUGUGUGAUGACAAUAACCGGUGACACAUCUUAUUCAGAUUCAGAUUAUUAA